ACGGCGGUCCGGCUGCGGUACGGGGAGUUGGAAGCGAAGGAGAUGAAGUACAACUCUGAAAUCGAAUCGAAAGCGGACGAGUUGGGGGGGCUUCAGAGGUUGAUCGACGAGAAGGUUGAGGAGGUUAUACAGAGUUAGAACCACUUGCACUCUCUCCAGUCAUUGAUUCAGGAAUGUAGCAAUGAGGUUAUGGUGCAAGAGAAGAGAUUGACGGAGGCUGAGGGUUUUGUUGUGGAGAAGAAGAGGGAGUGCGAUUCGAUUGAGAAGCGGGUUGAGCGGAGGCAGAAAAAAUUGGAUUGGGUUGAGAGAAGGGUGGAGGAGAAGUUGAAGUUGGCGGAGGAGAAGUCGAAAUUGGCUGAGGUGAAGGCGGAGGAAGUGAGGGGGUUUGGAGAGGCGUUGGAGAAGUGUGUCGAAGAGAUUGAGUUGAAGAAGAGGGAGUUGAAUGAGAUUAUCGGGUCGAUUGAGAAGCGCAAGAAGGAGUUCAAUUCGAUAGGGGAGCAGAUUAUGGGGGCGGAAAAGUUGAUGAAGGUCCAGGAGGAGCAGCUGGGUUUUAAAGAAGAGAGAAUUAAGGAGGCGCAAAGGGCGGUUGAACAAUGUGACAAAGAGUUGAAAUGGAGAGAGAAGCUGAAAACGGAGGCGGAAAGGGCGGUUGAAGAAUGUGACAAGGAGUUGAAAUGGAGAGAGAAGCUGAAAACGGAGGCGGAAAGGGCGGUUGAAGAACGAGACAAGGAGUUGAAGCUGAAAAAGGAGAAACUUGUUGUGAUUGAUAAGUCUUUAGCGGAGUGCUCGAAUGCGCUGGAAUCAAGAGAGAAAAGGAUUAGGGAAAUAGACUCGAAAAAAGAUAAAGAUUUGAGCUUGCGUGAGAAAUCAUUGGAGGAGUGGUCCUGUAGGCUUGAGGUUAAAGAGAGGGAAGUUAGAUUGGGAGAGAGAAUUGUCGAGUUAAAAGCUGGGGAACUCCAAAAGUUGAAAGAAGGCGAAAGGUGUUUGGAAUCUAUCUCGCAGGUACUUGAACAGAAAGAGAACCGACUUCAAGACCUUGACGAAGAGCUCAAAUUGAAGCAGAAAGAACUUGAUUUGAUAAAAAAAUCCACUGAAGAACGCGCCAAAAACUUGGAAUUGAAAGAGAGGCAACUUGAAGAUCAGGCCAAAGAGCUUGAACUGAAGCAGAAAGGAUUUGAUUCGAUAAAAAAAAUCUCCGAGGAACGCACCCAAAACCUGAAAUCGAAAGAGAAUACUAGUAUUCUUGUUUCUCAAGUGAAAAUUGAGCAAUUGGAACAUAUCCCUGCCAACAAUGCUGUUGUUCCUUCUACCUCAAGUAACCAGUCCGGCGUCAAUAUGGAUGGUAGAGGCUUGCUGUUGUUCAUAAAUGAGCAUUUGAAGAGAUAUGUUGUAUUGGGUAGUGAAAUCUCAGCUGUUCUUCAGGCGUCACCAGACCCGGCAAAAUUAGUUUUGGAUGCUAUGCAAGGGUUUUACCAUGCAAAUUCAAGUGUGGACGAAAGCGAGUUUGAUUUUGAGAGCAUUACUAGGAUGACUUGUCCUUGUUGGGAAUUUAAGGUGUCUCCCCCAAAUUAA